AUGGGAAACGAGGCGAGCGCCGAGCUGCCGCCGGGCCGGGCGGCAGCCGCGGCGGGGCCCCGCGGAGGCCCCGCCGCGCCGCCCGACCUCGACCUGAGCAGCCUGUCCGAGGCCGAGCGGGCCAAGAUACUGUCGGUGAUGGCCCGCGCCCAGGACCUGGAGGAGCCGGCGCCGCCGCCGCCGCCGCCGCAGCGGGAGCGAUGUCCCCUGUGCGGUGGCUCGGACCUGGAGCUUUCCGGCCGAUGCGUGGACUGCGGCCGCGCGGCGUGCGCGCGCUGCGGCUCGGCGUUGCCCCAGCCCGACGGCAAGAGGCCAUGGGUGUGCAUGGAGUGCCAGUCCAAGUUCCGCCAGUCGCAAGAGGCUCGACGCCAGGAUGGCUUCCGGCAGCCGGCCCCGAUGUCCAAGGCGCCGCCUUUGGCGGCUACGCAACAGCAGCAGAUCCAGCGGGCCGCCGGCGGGAUGCAGCCGCAGCAGCAUCCCGCGGCGGCCCCGCAGCAGCCCGCGCAACAGCGCGCCACGUUCGGCGUGCAGCGUGCCGGAUCCCUGCAGCAGUCCGCCACCGGGCAGCAGAACCAGCAGCAGCAGAACCACCAGCAGCAGUACCAGCAGCAGCAGAACCACCAGCAGCAGUACCAGCAGCCGCAGAACCACCAGCAACAGUACCAGCAGCAGCAGUACCAGCAGCCGCAGUACCAACAGCCGCAGUACCAGCAGCAGCAGUUCGCCGCCGCAACUAUGCAACCUGCCGCUACGCAACCUGCCGCCACGCAGCAGCCUGCCGCAACGCAACCGGUGGCCACGCAGCCUGCCGUGCAGCAGUUUACAACGCCGCAGCUUACCUCGUCGCAGUACGGCGCGGCAACAACGCAGUUUGGAACACCCACACAGCCCACCACUACCGUGAUACAGCGUGCCACGACGCAGCACGCCGAGCAGCAGCCUCCUUCUUCUCCCGUGCAACAACGUGCCUCUUUGCAGUCCUCUGCCACGCAGCAGCGUCAAACCAUGCAGCAGACCAACGUGGUGCAGCAGCAGCAACAGCAGCACCAACAGCACCAACAGCAGCAACAGCAGCAGCAACCACAACAGCAGCAGCAACAACAACAAAUGCAACAACAAAUUCAACAAAUGCAACAACAAAUGCAACAACAAAUGCAGCAGCAGUUGCAACAGCAGCGAGCAGCUGCGCAACAUGCCGACGCCCAGUCUGCGGCAGCUGCGCAGCAGGGAGCUGUCCCAGGAACGGCCACGGUGCCGACAGAGCAGCAGCCGGCGCCGACCGCGGAGGACGAGCAGGAGGCCGAGCGGCGGCGGAUACAGCGCGAGCAGAUGGAGCAGCACAAGCGAGAACAGGAGGAGCAGCGCCAGGCCGAGCUCAGCCAGGCGGAGCAAGAGCGUCGGCUCGAGCGCAUGCAACAGGAGCAGCAGCGCAGGCUGCAGGCGCUCGCCUCACGGCCGCCGCCUCAGCCGCUGCCAACGCAGUCGGCCGACGAGGAAGAGAGCGACGAGGAGGAGCUGCCCGCGGUCGCCGCGUCCAGCAGCGAAGCGAACGCAGAGUCCAUGGAGGCGGACGCGGCCGCCGAGGACAAGUUGGCCAACAGCGGCGGAGGCGGCAUCCCGCGCACAGUGCCGCUGCCGGGUCGCGCCGACUGGUCGCCGGUGAGCGAUCUGUCGCCCAUACUGGACGUGUCGCCUUCGUUGGAGGCAGCCGAGCAGGAGCUGAUGGAGCAGUUCCACGAGGAGCGUCGCAUGCCGCGUGCCACGAGCGGCACGAUUUCGGGCAUGCUGGCCGACUUCAACAAGGCGCUCAGUCUGGCAUCGCCGCCGCGCACGCCGCGCCGCCAGCUGCCCGAGCCGUCCCCUCCCGUGCCGGCGCCGCGGUGCCUGUCGGCAGCCCCGCCGGCGAGCAGCCCGUCGGUGACUCCCGAGCCGGCCGAGUCACCCGCCAGCAGCGAGCCGGACGCCAAGGUGCGCCGGCGACUACCACCUCUGCCACGCGACCAGGAGCCCGUGCCUGCGCGCCGCGCCAAGGACCGCGCACGCGUGCUGUCGGCACCGGAGCGGCCCAACAGGCCGCAACCACCUCCCCGGGCCUGCUCUGUCGACGGCGGCUUGGCUGCUUCCUCCGGCGCAGUCAGCGGGAUGAGCAGCGUCAGCAGUGUGAUCGGCACGGCCGGCUUGGUAAACACGAUGAGCACGGCCAGCACAACCGGUACUUUCGGUACUUUCGGAAAUUUCGGGACCCUGGGUUCCGUUGGCACCGGCUCUAUGGGCUCCAUCGGCACGCUGGGUUCGACGGGCCCGAUCAGCACACUGGGCACAAUGGGGAGCGCAGGCACUAUGGGAACUGUGGGCGCUAUGGGGAGCGUAGGCACGAUGACGAACGUGGGCACGAUGGGAAGUGUUGGAACGAUGGGGACUGGGGGCACGAUGGGGUCUGUUGGCACCAUGGGCAACGUCGGCACUGUAGGCAGCCGUCUUCCCUCGUACAUGAACUCGCUCAAGCAGCAGCUACGCGAGGAGCUGCGCAGCGUGACCGACGAGCGGCGGCGCCUCCUGGAGUUGCGCGAUCGAGACAUGCGUUCUGAGGGCGACCUGGCCGCGCUGCUCGGCUGGUCGGGGCGGCGCCGAGCCGCCGACCAGUCCUGGACCGCUGCCCCGGAACCGCGGCGAUCCGCCGCCACCGCCUCCGGGCCUGACCCGUGGCGGACGCGGCGGCGCGGCGACAAGGGUCGCAAACCGCGCUCGUGGCAUCCAUCGCCGUACGGCUCCGAGGACGAAGAAGACACCUGCGAGCAGCGCAAGGCGUCCAUCAAGGCCGAGAUUGCCAAGCGGAGACAGCAGAUCGAGGAGAACGCCCGGCUGCACGCCGAGCUUUACAAGCUGGCACGGUUGCGCCAAGGCGAUACCGGAGUGUCGCCCGAGCUGAGCGUCGUCAGCAACGCCACCAGCACGGGCGGCAGCGUGCUCGAGGCCAUCGACCAGGUGCUACGCCAAGAGAGGCGCCGCUGGCCCGCCACCUCCCCGGGCCCCAUGACCAACGACUCGAUGGGGCUCAUGCACCCGCCUGCCGGCAUGGUCGGCAGCGCGGGGGUGGGCCUCAUGGGAGGCGGGGGCCUGAUGCAAUGCGGCGCCAGCGCCGAGGACCGCAGCAUGGCGCUCAUCGCGUCCACCUUCCCGGACUCGCCCAUCUCGUCGGAGGAGGAGGACGAGGAACCGCCCGCCAUGCCGCUGCUGACGGACAUGCCCCGCCGGCGGCGCCUGCACCACAUGAUGCCUCAGGAGCCCGAGCCCGACAUGGUGGGCGGCGGCGGCGGCCGGGGCGGCGCCCGGCGCGUGCUGCUGACGCGCGACCCUCGCCGUGGAGGCCUGGGCGUGCGCGUGGUGGGCGGCAAGCGCAUGAGCAACGGCCAGCUGGGCGCCUACGUGGCCCGCGUCAGCCGGCCCGACACGCUGGGACAGCUGAGCGAGGGGGACCGAGUGCUCGAGUGGAACGGAGUGCCCCUCACGGGAAAGACGUACGAGCAGGUGCAGCGCAUCAUGGACACGCACACCACGGGCGACGAGGUCGAGCUGCUCGUGCAGAGCGACUGGGAUUCGUUUGACAGCCCUGCACCCACGCAACGACGACGCCAGCACGGCAGGCGAACGCGGUUCGAGUGGAGCCCACCCAACGAGUGGCCACAGUCGACAGCAGAGAUGCUACAAGCGUCACCGCCGACAUCGUUACGCCCCUACCGGCACGACAGCAGGAAUGAAAACUGCCUCAAAAGGUCUGAAGUUGAUCAUGACACAUGUUGUGCCAUGAGGACGUGCCUUGGCAAUCAUUUACCAGCUGGCUGGGACCCUGCACCUCUAUUUCCUGCUCAGUCUUCACACACCAAUGACGAUGCGGCAUCAUCGGCGGCGGUGGUGCAGCAUCAGCAGCUACAGCCGCGGCGGCGGCGUGGCCCAGAUCCAUUGACGGGCCGGAGGAAAGUGCAAGUGCCUUGAGGUCCGUGGAGGGCCCCUGUUUCUUCUUCCAGAGGCGC